AGAGUGAGCAGAACAGGCCGCUGGCCUGGAAGCCAAGCUGGCUGCCAUUUGCGUACUGAGAGGUGGGGGACCCUGGGCAGGAAGCUGGCUGAGCCCCAAGACCUCAGGGGCCAUGGGCGGGGAGCUGGUGACUGGCCUGGGGGCCCUGAGACGGAGAAAGCGCCUGCUGGAGCAGGAGAAGAGGGUGGCCGGCUGGGCGUUGGUGCUGGCGGGAACUGGCAUCGGACUCAUGGUUCUGCACGCUGAGAUGUUGUGGUUCCUGGGCUGCAAGUGGGUGCUGUACCUGCUCCUGGUUAAGUGUUUGAUCACCCUGUCCACUGCCUUCCUCCUUUGUCUUAUUGUGGUCUUCCAUGCCAAGGAGGUCCAGCUGUUCAUGACUGACAACGGGCUCCGGGACUGGCGCGUGGCGCUGACCCGGCGGCAGGUGGCGCAGAUCCUGCUGGAGCUGUUGGUGUGCGGGGUGCACCCGGUGCCCCUACGGAGCCCGCACUGCGCCCUGGCGGGGGAGGCCACCGACGCGCAGCCCUGGCCGGGUUUCCUGGGCGAAGGCGAGGCGUUGCUGUCCCUGGCCAUGCUCCUGCGUCUCUACCUGGUGCCCCGCGCGGUGCUGCUGCGCAGCGGGGUCCUGCUCAACGCGUCCUACCGCAGCAUCGGGGCGCUCAACCAAGUCCGCUUCCGCCACUGGUUCGUGGCCAAGCUGUACAUGAACACGCACCCGGGUCGCCUGCUGCUGGGCCUCACGCUGGGUCUCUGGCUCACCACAGCUUGGGUGCUGUCUGUGGCUGAGAGGCAGGCUGUCAAUGCCACGGGGCACCUCACAGACACACUGUGGCUGAUUCCGAUCACAUUCCUGACCAUUGGCUAUGGGGACGUGGUACCUGGCACCAUGUGGGGCAAGAUUGUCUGCCUGUGCACCGGAGUCAUGGGGGUCUGCUGCACAGCUCUCCUGGUGGCUGUGGUGGCUCGGAAGCUGGAGUUCAACAAGGCGGAGAAACACGUGCACAACUUCAUGAUGGACAUCCAUUAUGCCAAAGAGAUGAAGGAGUCAGCGGCGCGGCUGCUGCAGGAAGCCUGGAUGUACUACAAGCACACUCGAAGGAAGGACUCCCGGGCUGCCCGCAGACAUCAGCGCAAGAUGCUGGCCGCCAUCCACACGUUCCGCCAGGUACGGCUGAAACACCGGAAGCUCCGGGAACAAGUGAAUUCCAUGGUGGACAUCUCCAAGAUGCACAUGAUCCUGUGCGACCUGCAGCUGGGUCUCAGCUCCUCGCACCGUGCCCUGGAGAAGAGAAUCGACGGUCUGGCAGGAAAGCUGGAUGCCCUGACAGAGCUGCUCGGCACUGCUCUGCAGCAACAGCAGCUACCAGAACCCAGUCAGGAGGCCACAUAGCUCCACAUGACAUUCUCUGGCUUCUGCCAACCUCCACCUCUGGCAUCCCUGCUCCUGUGUUUUCUAGCCAUUUACCAAUCUACCAUCUUCUCAGAACUCACAGAAGAACCAGGCUAAGUACCCAAGGACCGAGCUCAAGGACAUGCUCCCUGCCAAUUCCGACCAAGCCCCACGAUAAAUCACCUCAAGAUGCCAGGACCCAAGUGGAUCCACGUUGAGGUGCAUGGACUCUGGUGGUGGCAGCCAUGAGUGGACACUGAAUUGGACCUCCCACGUCAAUGGGAACAUGGCCACCACUACACAUAUGCCCUCAUCAGAAGCCCUUUCUGCUGUGCUGCUGUUCAGGACCCCUUAAUCUCUGUUGGAGGAGGAGGUGCCUGGGGUCUAGGAUGCUAGGAAGCUUCAGUUAACCGCGGGCGGGUCUCGCUGAAGGAACCAGGUCCGAGCGACGGGAGGUGCUGCCCCCUGGUGGACACCUGGGAAGAUGCCGUUUCCUCCUGAUUGCAGAGACUGUGCCAGAAGAGGGUACAGGGUGCUGCUCACCAAUCCACCCUCAUACUUUGUAAUAAAUGGUAAACGAAGA